GUAGAGCUGUUAAAAAUCCUGUGGGUGCGUGUAGAUUACACUCCCCUGAAACAACAUACCUCUGAAACCUGUCAAUGUUUACACUCAGGUCACUUGCACUCAGAAUGUUGAUCAUUUUAUUCAUGAUUAAUGGGGAUUGAAAUACAUUUUCUAUCUCACGACAAUGUUUUGUUAUGCGUUUGGUUACUAACGAUCUCGCGCUGUACGUUAACUGGAUGAAGAUUAAACCACGUCAGCCUCCGUACAGGAAUGACUAAACCAAAGUGAUUUGUUUGCAGCUUGAAGUCCGGCUGGUCUGACCUCAUUCUGUUCAAGGUGUUCCUGCAACCAAAAUGUCGUACUUUCUUCUGUUUUUGUCGUCGACAAUCCUGGUCUGCAGGGCUGCCGUGUGUCCGUGUGAGAAACCCGAGCUCUGUCAACAGAUCCGCGAGGAGAGAGACUUUGAGGUGUUUGUGUUUGAUGUGGGUGGAAAGAAAUGGACGUCCUACAACUGGAGCAUGGUGACGACAGUGGCGGCAUUUGGAAAAUAUGAUGCUGAUCUCAUGUGUUACGCUCACUCCAAAGGAGCACGGGUUGUACUUAAAGGUGAUGUUCACGUCCCCUACAUUGUGGACCAAUAUAACAGGACGGCGUGGAUAACAGAGAAGGUAAACCUGGCCAAGAGUCAAUUUAUGGAUGGGAUCAACAUCGACAUUGAACAAGCAGUGGAGGAGGGCUCCCCAGAGUACCAUGCUUUGACACACCUGGUCAACGAGACCACUGAGGCCUUCCACGGUGCGAUACCCGGCUCCCAGGUCUCAUUUGAUGUUGCCUGGUCACCAAAUAAUAUCGACAAGCGCUAUUAUGAUUACGUUACCAUCGCUGAAUCCUGUGACCUGCUGUUUGUGAUGUCCUAUGAUGAACAGAGCCAGAUCACAGGGAACUGCAUUGCAAUGGCAAAUGCCCCACUCUCUCAAACAUUGAAUGGGUAUGACCAGUUUUUGAGUCUGAAGAUCGAUCCAAAGAAGCUCGUCAUGGGAGUGCCAUGGUACGGCUAUGACUACCCGUGCCUUAACUUUUCUCAGGAGGGAGUAUGUUUUAUAGCCGAAGUUCCUUUCCGUGGAGCCCCCUGUAGUGAUGCAGCUGGAACACAGAAAACAUACGCGUGGAUCAUGAAGCAGGUCAACAACUCGAUGUCCGGCAGGCUCUGGGACGACAAACAGCAAGCUCCUUACUUCAAUUACAAGGACCAGAAAGGACAGAUUCAUCAGGUUUGGUACGAUGACCCACAGAGUAUCUGUCCGAAGGCGGAGUCAGUGAAAUCUAAAGGUUUGAGGGGCAUUGGCAUGUGGAAUGGAAACAUCUUGGACUACAGUGAUGAACCGGUUGCCAAGCAGCAGACUGCAGGGAUGUGGAAUGCGCUCAUAGGAUGUGAGCUGGGAUUCACUUGACACUGCUUGAGAAAUGUACAUGGGGCCCCUCCUGUUUGACAAUGCAUCCCUUCGUAGCAGUAAAGGGGUGGGGCUUCUCUCUGUCCAGGGAUGCAUACUUGCACUUCAGAGUUUAUUGGGACUUUUAUUGCUGUUGACGUUUACUGUAGUUACGUCGCAGACAUUCCUCUGUGGGAACUGAAUAAAUGUAUCCUUGAAAGUAAGAAAAAAAAACUAUCUUUUUAAUGUAACAGACAAUAUUUUUGAUUGACAAAUAUUGAGCUUACUGAGAUCUUUGCACUGUUAUGCUUUUCAUAAAUAAAAUAUUUUUUGAUCAAU